GAAUCCAAACCGGAUCAUUUUCGGGUUUUGCCAUGAAUUGAAUUGAUCACCUGCUUGCGAGUUGCGACUGAUAAUCAUUCUCCAUUGUUAUGAUUGAAGGUGUAAUUUCUGGGUUCGCAAAAUAACGGCUGCUUCGAGUCGGCGUCGGCGGCGUACCUGGUCGUUUCGACAACGGGAUUGCGCGCCAUCAAUCGGGCAGAGAUUCAUGGAUUUAAGAGAAAAGUACUUGCAUUCAUAUUGGUUGACAAAGUCAAAACAACUUUACAACGAAACUGAGAUCUAAACACACUGAUUAUCUUGGGUAAUGUAAAGUCAGACUUGUUCGCAGUUACCUUUGAGGGUUAUCCACUCUGACCUAGAACUCUAGAAGAUGAAAUUCGAUAUCUAAAAUUCCUGGAGCUGCUUAUGAUUCUGGGGUAUUGAGUGCAUGAAGGACAUGAACUUAUGCACUAGAUCUGAUAUAGCCGACUGCAGAACAAGGUAGCUGAUUGUGAAUAGACCGUGUGCAGGUUGCUAGUUUUGCUGCUAUACUAUUGUGGAAUAUUCUACAUUUUCUUGUGACGAUAUGGUAUUGGGUAAACGAUGGGGUCCACAUGCUUGAAAGCUACCUUAUCACUUACGGACUAUUUCAGAAAUACAAAUCCCUAGAUCCGAGUAAGGUGAGAUACCUGGCUAUUGUGGUUGAAAGUGAAGAAGCCCAUCAGAUUUCAGAAGUUAUUAAGCUGUUGCAUUGGGUGGCUGAUAUUGGUGUGAAACAUGUUUGUCUUUAUGAUAUGGAAGGAGUGCUGAAGAAAUCACAGGAGUCUAUCAUAGCUGAAUGCAAUUUGUUAAAUUUGGAAUUUGUUUCAUUGACUGAUGGAAAAGAAGGUGUUGUUGAAGCAGCAAAUUUGCUUUUUUUAAAGUAUAAGGAUGGUGGAGACAAGCCAAAAUUUACAGAACCACUCCUGGAUGAGGCUUUAGGACUAGUUGGUUGUUCUGGUCCUGAUCCUGAUCUUCUCUUAAAUUAUGGACCUGCAAGAUGUCAUCUCGGCUUUCCUGCAUGGAGGAUGCGCUAUACUGAGAUUGUACACAUGGGAUAUUUGAAGUCUAAGAAAUACGGUUCCUUAAUAAAGGCUAUUUACAGAUUCACUACUAUUCGGCAAAACUAUGGUACAUAGCAUACACCAGUAAAGCUACUGAUUUCAGGAUAGAAGGCAAAAAACAUUUUGAAAAAUUACAGAACACGAUAUGAUUUAUGAGUAGGCUUCACAAUGAACGUUGUAACGUAACAUUCUUAUGGGAGGGGGAAUCUCAUAUACUCAGACCUCUUGAUUAUCAGGUCUUUCUUUCCCAACCCCUUGAAAAAAGAAGUUAGUUUUUGUUAGUUAUCGUUCAUUUAGUUUUUUUUUUUUUUUUUAAUUUUUAAGUUAGUUUAUGGAUUGCUAGAUGUGCAUGUCCAUGAGAAUGUAUAAGCAGAACUAAAUGCUUUCAUUAUCACCAAGGAAUGUGUAAAAGUGGUAAUGAAUCAUUUCAGAUGAUGAGUUAACAAUUCCUCUUUUAAUGGGACGUUCAUUUGGCACAUUCUUGUA